AUUACGCAUGUUUGGCGCUGGUAGCUCAGUAGUUGACGUAUUUUGAGUGUUCGUUGUUGUGUGUGGUUUGUUUACAUGUGUUUUCGUCUGUUGUUUCUACAAAAAAUACAUUUUUUAAAAGAAAUUUAACUAAACAAUGAUUUGAAAUUAAUUAUUUGUUUAUUAAUAUCGCGUUUUAUAAUACCAUACUGGGCCAGUAAUCAUUGGAAAAUCAUUCGUCGGCAACAUGUAAAGGUACAUGGACAGCAGCCUCUUGGACAGUAUGUUUUCGCAUGUCGCGAAAAAGACUUGAUUUUUUCGUCAGUUUUUGAGCUUACGAUAUGAUCCUCAGGUUCAAGCCAAAUGAAGAUUAAAAAGGUGGUACAGCGAUGAGCAAAAUAAACGUAAUAUGUCGCCGAAACCUUCUAUACCGGUUUCAUAAUGGAUUAUUGGUGAUCUUAUUGAUGUCGUUUUGGCUGAUGUUUCACAUAUUGAGUUUUAAUACAUUCAAUAAACAAGCGCAAAGAGACGCAGUCGAUGAAAAUGUCAAUCUCAGUAAUGCCAUCAUAUUAAGCAUGGUGCCUCAGGCAUAUCAUAAAUAUUUAGUGAGCAAAAUAAAAAACACCACUUCACCGUCGAGAGCGGCGACCAAUGUUAGCUCGUCGAAAACACCAUUUCAGCAAGUUUUAAGUAUAAAUGAGAUUCAACGUCGGAUCGACGAAUAUAAUAAACUUCAGACGGUCCUGAAUGAAGAUAUUUUCGGGCCUUUACAAAACGAUUCUCUAGUCAUAGUUAUACAAGUACACAAUCGACUGAUGUAUUUAAGACACACUAUAAUUAGUCUUGCUCAAGCAGAAGGCAUAGAAAAUGCUUUACUAGUCUUUAGUCACGAUUAUUACGAUGAAGAGAUCAAUAGCAUUAUACAAAGCAUAGAUUUUUGUAAAGUUAUGCAAAUAUUUUAUCCGUACUCAAUUCAAACGCAUCCGAAUGAAUUUCCUGGCGAGUCGAAGAACGAUUGUCCGAGGAAUAUUAAUAUCAAAGAAGCUGUUGAAAGAAAAUGCACCAACGCCUUACAUCCUGAUCUGUACGGCCAUUACAGAGAAGCGAAAUUCACCCAAACCAAGCACCAUUGGUGGUGGAAAGCGAACCGAGUAUUCAACGGUUUAAAUAUCACGAAAAACUACACAGGUUUGGUGGUGUUUUUCGAAGAGGAUCAUUACGUGGCGCAGGAUUUUAUACACAUGUUACACCUGAUGGAACAUGCCAGACAAUCAGCUUGUCCUAAUUGUAAAAUUUUAUCGUUAGGGUCGUAUUUGAAAAGCGUUGAUUUCGCCGCUGAUUCCAAAAAGGCCGAAAUCAUGCAAUGGAGCAGCAGCAAGCACAACAUGGGCAUGGCGUUCAAUCGUUCGGUGUGGAAAGAGCUGAAAUCCUGUGCCAAGACAUUCUGCACUUACGACGACUACAACUGGGACUGGAGUUUGUUAGCUGUAUCGAGUAAAUGUCUUUCAAAAGAACUAACUGCCAUGGUUCUGCGUGCUCCUCGAGUCUUCCAUAUCGGCGAAUGCGGCGUUCACCAUAAAAACAGCUGCAAAAGCACACAAACGCUGAGAAGAGUGCAGAAAUUACUGGUAACAUCGACCGCGUACUUGUACCCGCAAGAUUUGUAUCUCACGUACACCGUAACCAAGAAAUAUUUGAAAAAAGCCAAAGGUAAUGGUGGCUGGGGAGACAUACGGGACCAUAAUUUAUGUCUAAAAAUGGUCGACCGAUCCAGAUAGAGCCACGUUAAAAUCUACGUAUUUAUUAACGAAUACCAUUCGUUCGUUACCAUAAAUUUUUUUUCUGCACUUCGAGCUGUCGAAUGAAAUCAAUCGAGAUACCGCGAUGUGCCGAUUUCCAUAUGUACGAGCAUAUUUUUAUACUUGUUAAUUUUUUGAUUCAUUUUAUCUUCUCUUCUUUUUUUUCGUUUGUUUUUCGUGUGAUUGAAGAUCUCAUAAUAUUUUUUUUAGGACGACGAACAAAUUUUUUUUUCUUUUUUUUUAGUUUGUUUUUUUAAAAUGUGUUUUAUUUUAUUUUAUUUCGAAAAAAAUUGGUUCGAUAAUGGAAUGUACAAUUUUACACUCGUAAGUUUUUCUAUUUGUAAUCUCGACGUACAACUUUUUUGUUUUUUAAAAAAUACCUAUCAAUUUCUUCUCUCCAUCUCUCCCUCUAUCUCUCAAAAAAUGAUCUAAUUUUUUAAGUUUUUUUAUUUUAAAAUUUUAAAUGAAUUGCCAUAUGAGGUGCUUACUUUUAUUUCUGUUAUUUAACCACUUGAAUCGUUUGGUUACACUGCCUCAAUUUUGAGUUUUGUUGUUCGUAUCGUUUCAGUGCUAAUCUAGCUUUUAUUUUAAAAAAUUAGUCAUUUUAAUGGCUUUUUAAAAAUAUUAAUUUUAUAAUUUCAUCAAUCGGGAGGUUUCGUUUCCUCUACGUAUUCGACAUCGUGAAUUUUUGUCCCAUGUUGAGAUACGUAGUUCAUAUUGAAUACUUUUUUGAUGACCCCCCCCCCCUCUCCAAAACUAGAUAAAUAUUUUUAAAAAAUGUUGACGUUAUUUUAUUCUUGUUUUUUAAUUUUAAUUUUUUUUUUAAAUGAUGUUGCAUUAGGGAGGAAAGUGCAAUCUCAAUAAACGAACGUACAAAAUGAAUUAAUUUCAGUUGAAAAAAUAACUAAAAAAUCAUGCUUUUUUAAUUAGAAAAAUUUUAAUAUUCAUUUUUACUCGAUUUUAGCUUAAAAAGAUCAAUAAUACUUACAAAUAUGCGAAAAUAUUCGUAAUUUAGGUAGAAAAUAAUGAGAAAAAAAAAGAAAUUUUAAAGCACAAUUUUGGUUACCAUUUAUUUUGUUAAAAAUUUAUGUAUAUUUGUUGCGCUUUUUAUACUCGAAGUAUUAAAUGCUUACUUUUUAUUUUUGUAUGUAUAAUACGUAAUAUUUUCUAUGUAAUUACAUGUGUCUUAUGAUGAAAUCAAACAUCUCUUCAAUGAAUCCGGGUAUUCUAUACCUUUUAUAAAAGUACCUACCUGUGGAAUACGAAGUUGUUUUUUUAAAAAAUGUGUGUAUAUAAAAAAAUCAAAAAUAUGUGUUUUGUUGCCAAAUGAACUCGACUUUUGCGGAGAUUUGUUCGAAUUCAGAGUGGCAAAGUGAAAGUAAUAUUUCGAAAGGAUUAACAUUCCAGAAAUUUUCAACGAUUGAAAUUAUUAUUAUUCUACCAAAAAAAAAUAUAUCCCAGCAAUUCCACGUAAUGUUGAUUCUUUCGAAUGAAAUACUCGUAUAAUUGUAUGUAUUUCUAAAUAAUUCUUUUCUAUUUCCUUUUGUUUCGAAUACGAUUUUAAUGGUAAUGUACAAGUGUGAUAAUUUUAUUAAUAUUAUAAAUCAAUGCAAUAUGGCUUUUUAUCAUAAAUUUACAUAUUGUAUCAACGAUUUAAUAAAAUUUUGUUUAAAUCGA